AUGUCUGAAUCAACCCCAAUGUUUGAGAAAUGGAUGGGCCUCGACAAAGAAUCAGCUCGGGGCCAAAUGGUUUGGCAAUCCUUCGAGCCAAAGACGUGGGAAGAAUCGGACUUGGAAAUUCGCAUCACUCACUGCGGUGUCUGCGCUUCCGAUAUUUGUGUGUUGCGAAGCGGAUGGCGUCCAACUCCAUACCCGUGUUGUGUUGGCCACGAAAUUGUGGGCACUGUCGUUCGAGUCGGAUCGCAAGUGAAAGGACUUCAAAUCGGCGACCGAGUGGGUGUCGGCCCCCAGAGCGAUUCAUGCCGCGGUCGUGUGGACGGCCAUUGUGUUGAAUGCAGUACUGGAAAUGAGAAAUACUGUACCAAGUUGUGGACAGGUACAUAUGCAGGUCGUUAUCUUGACGGGACCAUGUCCUAUGGCGGAUAUUCGCUGUACAAUCGGGUCCCUGCCCACUUCGCAGUCAAGAUCCCGGAAAAGAUUUCUUCUGCUGCUGCUGCCCCGAUGCUGUGUGCUGGGGCAACAGUUUAUGCACCACUUAAGCAGUAUGGUUGUGGACCAGGAAAGAAGAUUGGUAUUAUAGGAGUCGGGGGGCUGGGGCAUUUCGGUAUCUUGUUUGCAAAAGCAUUGGGCGCAGAUUGGGUCUCUGCCUUCUCACGCAAGGCUUCAAAGCGCGAUGAUGCACUGAAAUUGGGAGCCGACACUUACAUUGCGACGUCUGAAGAUGCAGGCUGGGUGACCCAGCACUCAGGUUCCUUGGAUAUCAUCGUUUCGACUGUUUCGUCCAACACGUUUCCGAUUACAGACUACUUGAAACUUUUGAGACCUAAUGGUACUUUUGUGCAAGUGGGAAAUCCGGAGGAUGGCCCUUUCACAUUCCCUGCAGGGGCGUUGAUUGGCUCGGGUCUUAGGUUUUGUGGUUCGAAAAUUGGGAACCCCAAUGAAUUGCGUGAGAUGUUUGCGCUGGCAGCGGAGAAGAAUGUCGAGCCGUGGACUGAAGAACGACCAAUGAAAGAAGCAAAUCAGGCCAUUCUCGAUAUGGACCAGGGUAAGGCUCGGUAUCGCUAUGUUUUGGUGAACUGA